AUGAAGUUUCUUUGCGCAUUCAUCAACAGAGGCGCUGACAAUGAGAUUAAAAUAGAUCUCUCUGCAAAGCCAAAGCGAACAUCACCAAGAAAUCUUCAGAAAAAAACUUUUUCUCCGCCUUCAAUUACAUACGUUACACCAAUGAUUACAUCGUGCAAUGCCACGAUAGAUUUAUCAUUGGAGUUCGAUGAGUUCAAAGAAUUCAAAGAAUUCAAUGAAUUCCCUCAUGAUUUCCAUUUCAUCCCAAGCGAUUGUUAA